AUGGCGGCCAGAGCAGAGAUGGCAGCCCCUGACUGGGAUGCAAACCUCAGGCAAAUGGGACAGCUUUUUGUCAUGGGAUUCGAUGGUACUACCGUCGACCCUCAGAUCCGCUCGCUGAUCGAAGACUACCAUCUCGGGGCCAUCCUAUUGACAGCCAAGAACCUGAAGUCCGCAGAUGAAACGGCAAAGCUCGUCUUGGAGCUUCAGACUAUCGCCCGGCAGGCCGGCCAUCAGUCACCGCUGCUCAUCGGACUGGACCAGGAGAACGGAGGUGUCAACAGCCUGUUCGAUGAUGUAUAUAUCCGCCAGUUCCCCAGCGCCAUGGGGGUUGCGGCCACGGGCUCGACGAAGCUGGCUAGGGAGGUAGCCAAAGCGACGGCACAGGAGCUUCGAGCUGUUGGGAUCAACUGGAUCCUGGGGCCGGUGCUGGAUGUGCUGACAGACGGCAAAAACCAGCCGCUGGGAGUGCGCAGUGUAGGAGACGAUCCGCAGGAAGUAGCCACGUACGGAGUCGAAUCGAUGAAAGGGUAUCAGGACGGCGGAUUGGCUACUUGUGGGAAGCAUUUCCCUUCAUACGGCAAUCUGGACGCGAUGGUGUCGCAGUCGGAUGUUCCAGUCAUCACGGACACGGUCGACCAGCUCCGGCUCAGUGCACUUAUCCCCUUCCGCAGCGCAAUCUCUCAAGGGCUGGACUCAAUGAUUGUGGGCGGCUGCUCGAUGAUAUCUCACGGGAUGAACGUGAUGCAUGCCUGUCUGUCCGAAGAGGUUAUUGAGGAUCUGCUUCGGUCAGACCUGGGAUUCCAGGGGGUGGUGGUCUCAGACUGCUUAGAGAUGGAGGCAUUGAGCAGCAAUAUCGGCGUUGGCGGCGGCACGGUGAUGGCUCUCAAGGCAGGAUGUGAUUUGGUGCUGGUGUGCAGGUCGUUUGCGGUGCAGCAGGAAGCCAUCAGCGGGCUGAGGCUGGGAGUCGAGAACGGGAUGAUAAGUAAAGAAAGAGUGCGGCAAUCUCUGGCCAGGGUAUCUGCGAUGAAGGCCAGGAGAACCAGCUGGGAACAGGCCCUGAACCCGCCGGGAAUCAGCCUGCUAUCAAGACUACAGCCUUCUCAUACAAACCUGUCGAUGCAGGCAUACAACAGCUCGAUCACUGUGGUUAGAGACAGGACCAACCUGUUGCCGUUGUCCAGCAUACUCGAGCCAGACGAGGAACUGCUGCUGCUGACACCACUGGUCAAGCCUUUGCCGGCCUCCGCGGCGGCAGCUGGAGCAACAGUAACAGCAGGCCAGGCCGGCGGUGAACGCAGCCGAGAGUCAACAAACUCGAUCGACGCCUCUUCGAGCUCGGUGUCGAGCAACAUCAAGAGCGGGGAGGCCGUGUUCCGCGAGCUGGGACGGUCAUUGGCGCGGCGGAGGAACGGACGGGUUCUUCACACAUCGUACAGUGGCAGCGGCGUGCGGCCAAUCCACGAGAACCUGAUCAACCGGGCCAGCGCAGUGGUAAUAGUGACUGCAGACUCGAACCGGAAUCUCUACCAGCACGGCUUCACCAAGCACGUCUCCCUCAUCUGCAGCAACAGCAGCCGCAGUAAUAACAGCAGCAGUGGCAGCGGCAGCAGCAUCAACGGCAGCGCGAGACGGAACUCAGCGGGAUACCAACGUCCCAAGCCCGUGGUGGUGGUGGCCGUGAGCUCGCCGUACGACUUUGCCAAAGACCCGACGAUCGGGACGUAUGUGUGUACCUACGACUUUACGGAUGCAGCACUACAGGCGCUGGUGAGGGUGCUUUAUGGCGAGGUGUCGCCUACCGGACGGAUGCCGGGGUCUCUGAGCAAGAGCAGCACCGUCCGGCGAACAAGCCAGCCACGACAGCAAUGGCUGGUCGAGACAUGGAACACGGAGCGAGACUCUGCAGCGCUGGACACCCUUCUGGCAUCGAUACGAGAGAGCGAGGGUGUGGGAGGCGGCACCAACGGCAGCAUCGGCAGCAGCAGCAUCAGCAUCAACAACAACAACGACCAGGGCAUCAACAGCAGCAGCGUACUAUGCGGUGUGAGUGCGGAUACUUUCCUGCUGAAGAGCGCGGAUGUGCAGGAGUGUCACCUGGUGGUGCGCAACAGCAGCACGCACGCGAUCAACGGCUUCUGCGCAACGUACUUCUUCCAGUCGACGGGGACCGGGGUGAUAGGCGCGAUACUGGUCGAUCCAGCGCGGCGCCGCUUGGGCAUCGGCAGCUCACUCCACAGCCGAGCGAUCCAAACACUCACGCAACACCCAGAGGUCAAGCAGCUGCAGCUGGGAUCUCGCUUGCCCGGGGUCUACCUUGGCAUCCCAAGGACUGACCCGGUCGAGCGGAGACGGCUUCGGCGGUGGUUUGCCAAACUGGGCUGGUCGAUGGCGCUGUCGCGGCCGCUGUGCUCGAUGGUGCUGCGGGAUGUGCAGAGCUGGACACAGCCGGAGGGACUGAGAGUGAAGGGAGGCAGAGGCAGCAGCGCCGGCACGAGCAGCUCUAGCAUCGGCCACGGGGAGGUUGAGUAUGACCUUGUGUUUGGGGAAGAAUACGCAGAUGCGGUGGUCGAGCAUGUGCGGACGAGCUCUCGACAGGGGGUGGCGGAGGUGUACCGGACAGCGCUGGCGGGAGGACCGCACUGCGGCAUCAUACGGGCGAAGAAAGCUGGGGAAACAAGCACGGCAGGCAUCAGCGCAGGCACUAACGGGAGUGGAAACGCACAUGCAGGCGCUGAAGAAGACGGGGACGGGGAGAUGAUGCUUGACGGCGGGCUGCACCUGGGCAUGACAGGUACUGCUACCACCACUACAACAACAAGAGACGAGACGCUGGUGGGCAGCGUGGUGGUCUACAAUGCGCGGUCUCAGCUUGCUCGCCUGGUGCCGGCCGUGAGAGAGGCUCGCAUACGUGCUGGCGGCAUCUCGUCGCCUGUGAUAUCUCCGUCCGUCGGAGAAUAUGCCAUGCUCGUCCAAGGGCUGAUCGUGCUGGGCAUCAAGGAGAUCCGCAAGCAGGGCGGCAACGCCGUGAUUCUCGACUGUGUUGAUGGCGACGGCAACUCUGACGGCCUGACGACGAUGGGCUUCUCUGUGCUACACAGCUUCGAGGAGCUGACCUGUGACGCCGCUGCCUGGGCUCGCUCGUAG